CCUGGCGCUGUCUAUUAAAGAACCGUGGGAUCGGCCCUUGCGUCCAAGUUGGCUGAUGGUUUGCGGUGUGUCUCUCAUUCCUUUGACUGAACAAAAAGGUGUAGAAAAGACCAAGACAUUCCACAAAAAGGCUGUUGCUACAAACAAACAGAGGAAACACUUGAGAGUUUUUACGACAUAAAUAACCAGACGUAAAUAACCAUCAUCGGCCACACCAAGGACUGCCGGCUCUUUUCUAUCCUGGGCAAAACCAUUACCGGCAAACAUAUAACACAACAAUUACAGCAAGAACCGACUAUACGCCCCGCAGCAGUCUAGUCCGUACAACUCUAUUUCCCCUCAAAGCAGGCGUUCUUCGACAAACAUGACCGCCAUGAAGAACAACUUUUGGGCCUUCAAGGAUGGAGAUGGCAAUAACCGAGCUCAUGUCCCGGCUACGCCCAUGUGGAUUGCCAUCGUCCGGGCUGUGCAGCUGGCUCUCGCGCUUCUGAUCCUUAUCCUGACCGCUGUUGCUGCAAACAAGUUUCGAGGAGCGUUUUCCAGCUUCGCACUCACCUGGUUCACGUUUGCGUGGACCCUCCUUCACAUUGGAUGGCUGGCCAUCAGCAUCCUGAUCGUCCCCCUGAUCUACAACAUCUGGGGCCAACUGGCCGUCGAAAUCCUCAGCGUAAUCUUUUGGCUGGCUAGCUGGGCCGCCCUGGCCGCCGACGCUGCCUCACUCGGCGAGUACGAGCGCAUGUAUACCGGCGAUGCCGUUUUCACCGGCACGGGCCGCAGCUCCGGGGUCCCCAACGACUUCAAGACCGGCUCCAGCUGCACCAAGGCCGCGGCUGCUCUGGGUGCCCUCCAGUGGGUUCUGUUUGUGGUCACGCUUGUGUUCUUUGUCAUGGCCCUCGUCCGCUUCCAAAAGGGCCACACCACCACCACGACCCGCGUUUCUGACCCCGAGGUCGCCGCCGGCGGAGCGGAGCUCAAGACCGGCCCAGGCCAGUUUCACACCACCGAGCAGCCUUACCCCGAUAACGGUGGCGUGCAGGCCCAGCAGGGAUUCGCGGAGCAGCCCGUGUCCGUCGACCACGCGCCGCCGCAGCAGCAACAGCAAGGGCACCAGGUCCAGCCGACUGUUUACUCCUAGGGGGAAGCGAGCAAAUGGCUGGAGAACGUGCUCCUCAAGUUCUGAGGUGACAUUAUUUUUUUGGCCUUGAUGGGCUCUCUAUUAGUCGCAACCCCCUUUUUCUUUUAGUCAAGAGGGCAUGUGACUGUGAGUUCUACACGGUGAUCUAAAGAAAGUUUGCUUGUUUUUUUUCUACUUUGGGAUUGCAAAGGAUUUCUUUGCUUCUUGGCGGUUGAGUUUUAUACCCCCCAGAAAAAAGACGUAGCUGGUUGUUUUGGUUUGUUGCUUUGUUUGGGUUUUAGUUUCGGCUACGUUUACAUUCCUUAGACGGCCGUUACGGAGCACUAAUACGAUAUUGCAUUUUGCUGCCUGUCAAUCACUCCGAGGAAUGUGUCAGCAUCGGAUUGCUUGCUGCUACUCUUACUACUGCGCAAUUUGCCCGUUAUUAUUUAUCUGAUUUGCUGCACACGUCACUGCAUCGCACCCAAGAGACCCAUGAUUUGUGGAAAGGGCAGUUGUCAUUUAGUGGCUAUGGACGAAAGAAUUGAUGAAAUUUCCGGCAAUUUCCGAGAAAUCCCAGGAAGCCUUCCUUC